AUGCAUUAUGGGAGAUCAUCCACUGCACAGAACCUGACAGAGAACCUGACAGAGAACCUACAGAGAACCUACAGAGAACCUGACAGAGAACCUGACAGAGAACCUGACAGAGAACCUGACAGAGAACUUGACAGAGAACCUGACAGAGAACCUACAGAGAACCUGACAGAGAACCUGACAGAGAACCUGACAGAGAACCUGACAGAGAACCUGACAGAGAACCUGACAGAGAACCUGACAGAGAACCUGACAGAGAACCUGACAGAGAACCUGACAGAGAACCUGACUGAGAACCUGACAGAGAACCUGACUGAGAACCUGACAGAGAACCUGACAGAGAACCUGACUGAGAACCUGACAGAGAACCUAACAGAGAACCUGACAGAGAACCUGACAGAGAACCUGACAGAGAACCUGACAGAGAACCUGACAGAGAACCUGACUGAGAACCUGACAGAGAACCUAACAGAGAACCUGACAGAGAACCUACAGAGAACCUACAGAGAACCUGACAGAGAACCUGACAGAGAACCUGACAGAGAACCUGACAGACAACCUGACAGAGAACCUACAGAGAACCUACAGAGAACCUGA